AUGUAUUUUGAGAAAGUUGCGUAUCUUGGUCAAGAUACAUGUGAGCCAGUGUGUUUUUUUUGUUUUAAAUUAAUUCAAGUAAAAUUUCUUGAUAAAAGCGAGAAAUUUUUAGAAACAAGUAAGAAAUAUUAUGAAUUGAGUUCUAUGGAAUGUAUGUCUGAAAUACAAUGGCCAGAAUAUUCUUUCUCUAAACUUUCUGAGUUACUUGAUAUAAGUGUUGACAUGGUUCAAGAUUAUGCAGCAAAAAUAAUUGAACAAAGUAGCAUAUCUAUUAAAAUUGAUUAUAUUUCUGAACACAAUGAAAUGAUUCUAUUUGGAAAAUAUGCUUGAAGAUUGAAAAUAUUUUAUCUAAAAUAUCUUUAAAUUAUC